GCCUAAUUCAAAUGGGAGCCGUGUUUAACACACGCCUCGUUUCUGCUCCUCCAGUCUGCUGCUGCUCGGGGUUUCUGGUGAGGGGAUGAAAACGGAACACACAAAGGACGCUGAAGGAAAUCAACUUGCUGUGUGGGGGUUCGAGGAAAUAUGAUGUUGCACGUUAGAAAUGAUGGAUGCAAUAGACUCCAUUGAUCCGUACAGCCGACCAGCGCGCAGGACACAAUGGAUAGUCAGCACCCUGGCUUACCAUUACGGACUGGAUCGGGGAGUGGAGAACGAAAUUAUAGUUUUGGCUACAGGACUGGAUCAGUACCUACAGGAGAUUUUCCAUCACAUCGACUAUCAAGGUGGAGGUAAAAUCCCUGUGGAGGAUUUUAACAUUUUGUGUGAAAUUUUGGGACUGAACAAAGACUCGGAUGAUACAGAAUGCGCUGGGGUUCUGGACAACUUACCCAGCGAGCUGUCCUUCAGACACUUCCACGCUAAACUUUGCGGACACUUCAGCACCAAAGCGGGCUGUCAAUAUGAGAACGGUCGGCUGCUGGUGGGGAAGGACAGCGAGCACAUAGAGACUCAAAUCCGCCUGAGAAGCCCUUUGAGGCGGCGAGAGAAGCUGCUUUCUGUGGGUGUGAGUGAGGGCUCCUGUUCCUCCACGGAGGGACGGCACGCCUCCGGCUGCAGACUCGGAUCCUGCACCAAAGAGUGCUAUGAAGAGAUCGUGGCACUGGAGGAAGCAGAAGACCGGAUAGCUAAGCUGGAGGACGAGAAUGCAAGUUUGAGAGAGUUGAUAGAGGACAUGCGAGCCGCACUCCAGAGCAGCGAUGCACGUUGUUUGGCCUUGCAGGUGAGAGUAGAGCAGAAGUGGAGAAAUUCCCCACUUGUGUGAAUGUUGCACUUUAUGUCCAUAUGUUUGAAGACUAUAGCCUACUUUGUGCAUAGUGAUAUCAUUCAGCCCCUUGCAUCAAGAAACAGAGUGUUUUGACUCCCCUCACUACCUUGAAUAAAGGGUACAAGACCCCCAAACAAUGCCAUCUAUUCUCAGGAGUUUAUAAUAAAAUUCAAAAGAGCACAAAAUGGCAAUGAAAUCAUUCCCUACAAGGAAUAUCUUUAAAAAGUCAGGAUCACAUUCAUGAUUAUAGGUGCUGGCUUCUCCACUAUCCAAACACCAAACCAAUAGGGGAAGUAGUCUGUUAUAUCCUACCAGGUGAAGGUCAGUUAAUUUGUUACACAAACCAUUUUUCCUUCAGUUAUUUUCCUGCUCUUGUAAAAAGGAAAGUGGUUCAACAGUCUCCUGGGGGAGUAUUUCACCAAACAGACAAAGCAACAUGACAUCCUGAAGGGAGGUAAACACCAGCUACGGGGAAUCUCCACAUUCUGCCAACCCACAGCUUGUAACUGUGACUUACUGCGCAAAUGUAUUCUGAGUUUAUCUCAGACUGAAACACUUAACAUGGCCACAUUUGAUUUCCUACUAAAUCAGCUGAAACCGGCUUAAUUGGUGGCUUGGUACAUAUCUAUAAGGCACUGAUUGAUUGUCUUUUUUACUAUUACUAAAGUAUUGCAGCAAUUCAAGUCCUCAGUAAGUGAGGGAAGAAUAGUUGCAAGGUACGAGGCUUCAUUGGCAACUAUUGAGUGUAUUGCCGUGUUGGUGUCUAUUUAAGUUGAUUUAGGAGAUAAGGAGCCUGCUUACUACCCACAGCUAGAAGAGUUAAAAAGAUAUAUGGUGCUGAGUAAAUCUUUAAUAGGGGUGGAACUUUGCUUUGUUUGGAUCCAUAUGUUGAUCCACUCCUAUUUUACUGCCUGUUUUCUUCUCUUUAGGUAGGACUAUGGAAAAGCCACUCCAAACACAAACCAGAGGACGGCUGUUUUGUUGCCCAACAGAAACAAUCUCCACAGAAAGGUUUGAGCAACACUAACUUGAAAAGCAGUACCUACGGCAACCUGAAGGGCCUGCAGAACCUCAUCCAAGAGAUAGAGCUGCUGCAGAAUACCAGAGACAGACAGGUAGAGGAGGCUAUGCUGAGUAACCAGAGACUGGAGAAGGAACUGUGGAGCACAAAAGAGACUGUGGCUGCCCUGGAGGACUGCAACCAGGUCUUGAAGAGAGAGCAGGUGGGCAUGAGGAGGAAGGUGGAGGAGGCCAGACAGGCGCUGCUCAAUGGCCUGGGCAAGGUGAAGGAACUGGAGGCCAAAGCCAGUCAUGUUCCAGCCCUGCAGAGACACAUCACCCAGCUGGAGUCUGAGCUCGUGUACUACAGGUAAAAAAAAAUGUUGAUCCUGAACAUUGACUAAGAGCAACAUCUCAUCUGUUACAAUCUCACCUUUGCCAAACCUUACUUCCCAUUAAUCUUGUGGUUUGACAGCGAGCUCUGUGGGAAAAUCUCAUGCCCUUUUCUUAAUCCUACCUUCUUUGCUGUGUUUGCUCAUUAACUAAACCUGCCAGAAACAGCCUUCAGUGGGUAAACACCAGAUCUGUUUGAGAAAACCUGAGAUGUGGGCGUCACUUGAACCAAAACUAUGCUACAUGGUCAUAGUCUCUUACAGAAACUUUGUUUUGCUUUGGAGAAAUUGCCCCCUUGGUUGCCCAAUACUUGUCCCAACUGUUAUUCCAAAAGUGUAAUAAAGAUGCAUGAAACAAGUAAUGUAACCAUGCAAUCAGAAUCCGUCACAUCAAGUUAUACGCAUUAAGACGUAGACAAAUACCACGGAUUUGAAGCCAGACAGACACAGAUUUCUGUGACACAGAAAGAGACUGAAAAACAGAAACACUGAAGGUUCCGACUAUCCACAUUAAGAACAGGAGUCAACUCUUUAGACAUAAAAUUUGAUAUCCUAAAAUGCAUAACGUUAAAAUAAUAAAGACUACAUGAAGGAAAAAAUACAAAUGAACAUGUUUGUGUCAGUGCAGCAUCAGCAGUGCUGCAGGUAUCUACAAGCCAAUGGCAAAGCUUUCAAUAUAGCAGUCAUGAACUUUGAGUAGUGAUUAAAACAAUGAAAGUGCAGAUAUGGGUGAAUAAUAGGGAUGGGCGAUAUAGGUUAAAAAAGUUUUGCCAUUCUACCGAUAACGAUAAAAGUCUUGUUAAAAAAAAUGUGAAAAUUCCUAUCUAUGUUUUUUACUCACUCUGUCUUGAGAACCCCACAAUCAUUGUCAAGGUUGGCAUUGUCAAGUAAGAUACUUAACCACAAGUUUAAGUGGUAGGUUAUAGAGAAAACUAGUGAAAUGUGAAAACACUUUAAACUUUUAUUGAAAACUAUUAUUGCACAGAAUGAACAAAUCCACUGUCCAAUGUCAGGCAUACCUAAUUGCGCUCGUCUAAGCCCCAAUCUUGAAGGAAAUCCCUCAUGUGGAGCCUCGUUUAGCAACAAGCUGCUCAGAGACUUCUUGUUGACGCCAUGUUUGUUUGUUAUUCUGCUCUGUGUGGGCUACGAGUGCGAGUCCGUUGGUUGCGCUUACGUCAUCAACUUGAAUUUAUCACGUUUAUCGUAAGAUGGCAAACAUUUAUCGUGGAGGAAUUUUCUGAUGAUAAUUUAUCAUCCAUCCCUAGUGGAUACAGUGAGUUUCUUCAACAGGGUGGCUGGACCCAGCCUUGGAGACUUUCAGGGGGAGCUCAGAGUUAAGCUGUUGCUCUUUGGCAUUUGAGAAAAGACAGUUUAGGUGGUUGGGGCAUCUGACAAGGAUCCCUCCCUAUGGAGGAUUUCCAGGCACAUCCAAGUGGGAGGAGACCCAGGGAGUAGAACGCACUGGAGCUAUCCCAUCUGGCCUGGGACCCCUGCAGAGGGGCUGAAGAGAUUUGUUGGUGAGAGGGAUGUUUGGAGUAAGUUGCUUAACUUACUGCCACUGUGACAAAAAUGGGUGGAUAUUUUGUGCUAUCAUUUCUCUAGUGUGCAGUUGUUGACAUCUGUAGUCAGAAAGCUAACAAAGUUUGACAACUUUUUUAUGAUUGUUGCUUUAACUUUAACUUGGAUUUGGCUUUCCCCUCUAGAGGCAGGUGAAAUGUGGUUCACUGAAAGUGACAACACCAGAGCCGUGAUUAGCAGCAUGGAAUAAAAAAUGCAAUGAAAUAAAAUUAAAAUGUGGAAAAUUACUUAAUCAAAAUAAAAGCCUGUCUUAGAGAAGAAACACUGCUCCAAGCUCAGACAGAGAGUUCAUAAUCUAGACAGGGGUGUUCUUACACCUCUUCACUUAGUGAAGUCCAAUCAGGGUCAAACCCAUCCUGCCAUGACAAUGAGGGCUCGUUUUGGCAGUUUGGAAGGCUGUGUGGCUGAAAUGAACAUAAUAAAUGUUAAUUAUUUGUCAUAAAGAGAGGAAUGAACUGUGUUUAGCUGUGGCUUCAUGUCUGGAAAAUUCUGCCGUGCUCCCCGUGAAGGCUUGAUGUGGUUUACUUUUCUAAUUUUCAGCCUUGUUGUCAUUUAGUUUAUUUAACGGGCAUCGUGUGUGGCGGGUUGGUUUAGCCCGAGCUCCGCUGCUGUUGGGAACUAUUCAUUUUGGUGGAAGUAAGGGUGUAAUUGGACUUUUUAAGUACAAAGCUAUUGGUUUAAUGUUUAUCUCUGUGUCUGUUGUCUCUGCUCCUACCCUGUAAUCAGUGUCUGCAGGUCUGGCUUUCUUAAGUAGCAGAUGUCUGUAAAUGCUGGUAACAUCCAUCUGAUGUUGUCAUUAUGAACACUAAGACACAGUUACACACAACCAGACACAUGAUUGACUGCUACCUGCCUUAAGCUGGUUUUAAAUAACAAAUUUCAUCAGCACAAUACCCGUCCUUUAACCUAAACUCCUCUUAUCCAUGCAGACUGCGUUCCAAGUCUUUUCACUGCCCCUCCAUUGAUUCUCUAAUGGCAAAUAAUUCAACACCACAAAGGCCCUGACUUGUCAAGAGAAAGCUCUAUUGAGUGAGGACCUCAACAGACUGACCGUUUUCAUCAAUCUCUGCUUGCUUCUUUCUCUCUGGUCCUGAAGGAACAAUGCCACAUAGGCACCCCCGUCCCAUGGAUCUUAGCAACCAAGCUCCAUGAAUAUUCUCUGUGAAAACCCCAAUGCUUGCUUAGUAGCAUUUCAUCUAAGGGCAUGGCCAGAGAAGAAUGUGUAGGUGUUUUUAAAACAACAUACCAGGCCAAGGUGCUACACUCUUUCUGCUCUGCAAGGAAAUAUCUUGCUUAUGAUUUUGUGUGGCCUAUCAAAAUUUAGUUAGUUUUUAAUCAUCAUGCUGCCACAGUGCCAGAUUUCUCAGACCAUUGCUGUAGAGAUGCAGUAGCAUGUCAUGUGGAGAGCUACAGCUUUAUCCUUCAGGCUUGUUUCUGAACGAUUGAAAGUUUGCUUUUGCAUCUGGGGUUAUGGAGGAGGGUUGCUUCGAAGCUGGUAGAGCAGAAUUAGAGAAAUGAGUUAGUCCAAAACAAAAUCUGUUGAAAGGAACCCUCAAGCUAACUAUUUAACACUUAAAGGGAUAAAAUAAAGUCGGGGUCAAACACACCGUAACACAGAGUUAGACACUCCCUCGAGAGAUGAAUGUUGCUGACUGUUAGCUUCUCUAGUUAUUUAUACCAACUUUAGUAACAACUGCAUGAUAGCAACACACAGCGGUCUACGUCUCCAUGUGCAAACCUCAACCAAAAAGCCACUCAAUAACCACAAAUAAUGCUCAGAACAGCACCUAACUUCAUUCACAGUACAUACGGGGUCCCAGCCAUAGUACCAGCUAUGUACCCUCUUUUUAGCUUUGCUUGGUUUCUUUAGCAAAGAGACCAAACACAACUCACCCACUCUCUUCCAGCAGCUACUUGUUUGUGGGGGAGGCCCUGACGAGUCGAUCACCAAGUGCAGUGGAGUUUCGCAGCUCAAGGAAGAACAUUUAUGAUUAUUACUUCGUGGAAAUGCAAUCAGAGUUCUUGUUCAUCUUGUAUGUGCACUGCAGACACGGUAGUUCUUCUGCCUUAGUGUCUUGGUCUAAUUGCAAUUCCAUGAAGUAAUACUCACAAAUUUUACGCUGCACUCGAUUAUUGACUCAUCAGGGCUCCCCCCACAAACAAGCUGCUGCUGGAGGAGAGUGUGCCCAUUACCAAAGUUGCUAUAACUAGAUAAGCAAGCAGUCUGCAACCUUCAUCCCUGGAGGGGGUGUGUAACUCAGCGUUACGUGUAUUUGACCCUAUUUUAAUUUUAUGCCAGAAUAUCCCUUUAAAUCAUUAAAAGGACUAAAGUGUCAGCCAAAGUGGCAAUUCCAAGUGGCAAACAGUAAGAGUUUGUUAGCCUUUAGUGACUUCUCUUCCCUAAAGGUCCAGUGUGUGGGCGCCACUGGCCUAGUGGUCUUAGCAUGGGUCCUAGCAUGUAUGUCCAAAACCACUACACCCUUUAUUUUUCACAUAACUUUACACUCUGUGAGAUCUAAUCACAAGCUUUUGAAAAAUACUAUCCAUCUCUAAAAACAUAAUAUGAUGAAAUAUGGUGAUAUGGGAUUUCUGCUCAACAGUGACCUGAGGGAGGUUAGGUGUGCGGCCUGGAUCUGCAUGUCACUCCCCUGUCAGCCUAGAAUGACCCCUUUAUAAAGACUAUGUAAGAUGCAGGUUCCCUGAUUGUUGAGUGCAGCGGGGGGCUUCUUGUCCUUGAAAGCCACUGUUGUUUUAUCCACAGGGGGGGUAAACAGGAUAGUAAUUUAGACCUGGUCUUUGAAUCUUGCUGUCUGUUUUCGAUCUACAAAAUCCCCUGACUUUCCAUCAGCGUCCUGGUAAAAGUCAGUUUACAAGAUGUGGUCAUUGGUAUGAAACUUGAGGUGAGUGGGUGUUGUUGCGUAACUUGUCUGUGAUUUCUUUGGGUUGUGCACCAGAUCAGAGCAGAGGCUGAGACUCCGAUGGGAACUGCACCUUUAACAGGAAUUGAUUUGCUCAGGAAAGUCUUUGUAUGCUUGAAUUGUCUCGAAGACUUCUUUUUUUUUUUUUCUUCAGAGGUUAAAAAGAGUCUAAAUCAGUCACUGUAGCCUAUAGAGCUCUGCAAGCCAGAAGGAUCAGACAAUGGGAAACACAGCAAGAGGAACAAAAAGAAACACGGGGGAGGAAAGUCAACCAUCUGGAGGAAGAAGCAAACACUCAUCUGUUUGUUCAUGACACGAUGGACAUGUUUUUCAAGGCGCACAGGAGAGGCAUGGCUUCAUUAAGCUUUUUUUCCGUCAUUUUGUUGUCGUUCCAAAGAAAAGACGUAGAAUGGAGACUGAAAGUAUCUGCUGAAAAUGAGCUACAGCCUCUUUUUUUUCUGCUCUUGGAAGAUUAAUUUUUGGUCUUUAUCCGACAGCUGAAGUGAAACAGGAAAUGAGGGGAGAGAGAGAGAGAAUGGGGGAUAGCAUGAAACAAAUAGUGACAAAACCAAGAUUUGAACUUGCAACCAAUGUGACGAGGAGUGCAGCCAGACAAGCACCCCACUCUGGUCACCUGACACUUCUGACUCUCUGGUUUUAUUAUGUUCAUGUUCUCAGGUAGUAUUACAUGGUGUAUUCUGUGGAUUUCUAGAAAGUACAUGUGUCCCAAGCGUGCAGGUUUAAAACUCUCCUUUUGUUUUACUGGCACGCCUGCAGACUCAUGCUCCGUAUGCUUCUAACCUCUGGUCCACUGAAGCCAGGCCCCAUGGGAAACAUAAUCUCCCAGCCUUUUCAUGCUCCCUGCAUGGUGCCUGAGAGCUGAGGGAAGAGGAGGGUCGAGCGGACCAUUUAUCUGCCUCCAUGCGAGAGCUGUAGCAUUGUGUGGAGCAGGUGCUACCACCACGGCACUCCUCCUACCCUUUAAAAUAAGGAUACACUCGAGACAUGUGUGAGACCUAUGGCAGUCUACUGCUGCUGCCUCACUGUUUUCCUUGAACAGCCUUCAGAAACCUACACAGCCAAGCUGGCUCUUUUUCAAGUCAAACCGCUGCCCUGCUUUUGCUCUGUCUGGUUUGAAAGUAUGCUUACAUCAGCAGAAAUGCAUCACACACACAAAAUAUCUUAUAAACUUGUGCCACCCACACCCGUUAGACUUCUUUCUCUCUAUUUCCCUCUUCUUUAACACCCUUGUUUGUUUGACUUUGUGGGUUUCUCUGCACUUUGCUUUCAAGGAAAGCCGAGCUCCUCUCUGCAAAUGUUAACCUCCAUUGACUUUUGGAUGAAAUCCUCAGUUUGCUAAACAUCACUAAAGCUGCUCUAUUGGUAUCCCAGAAACCAGCUCACGGUACUGGUGUUACCCAAGAGGACCUGAUUAAUACCCAUCAGCUAUAUAAACAUGACCCCUAACCCAUCUCUGUCAUGCCUCAGGGCCCAUACCCGCUCUGACCUUCAAGUUCAAGCUGGAGUUUACGGUGAGCCCUCAUUUUUAACCUCAGCAAAGCAGGCAGUCUGUCAUUGACCAAUGACACCUGAAAGAGGAAACGGCUCUUCAGGGAGGAGGGGUAGGACUAAUGGGGGGUACUGUUGAUAGAGCGUUCGCUUCAGCUUCACACUGUGGUAAACAUAGGAAGGACUCUGGGUGUCCUGGCUGUAACAACAAACAGCUGCACACAGCCCUCCACAAGCUUGAAAAGGGCUUAAGGCUUUUGCCACUUAAGCUGAGUACAGGAUCCUUUUAAUUAGAAAUACCCUGGCAGAGCUUUUCAUGUUGACUUUCACUCAUGGGUCGGUGGUAAUAUCAGGCUUAGAAAGGCCACAAAAUCCUACCACACAUGCUGAACUAUACUGGAACAUUUCCCUGCAAAAGGCUGAAUUUGUCAAGCCAAGAAUGUCCUAAUGUAAGACUGAUAAGAUUGUAUUUCCACAUAUAGAUUGGGAAAGUUAAGACACUCACCUGAAUUUCUUUCGACAAAUGCUCACUUCCUUUUUUGUGAUUCUUAUCCAAAGCCGAUUGCUAGACACUAUUUCUUAUUGGUAACAGAAGAGCCAAGGAGAAGCAGCUUUGAUAUAUAAAUCUAAGAGAAGGAGAGACUACAGCGCCAGAAGAGGAAAUGUUAAAUUGAUUAUCUGAAUGCUCCAGUUGUAGAGCGUAUCCUGGAAAACCUGGGGUUCUUUAAACCGACAGAUCCUGCACUGAUUGUCCAGCUGACUUAUGGCCCAGGAAAAUUCAGUUUGGGUGAUUUCCACGUUCUUUGUCUUCAAUUAGAAGAAAGGCAAGCGGUAGAAAACGCUACAUGCUCCACUUAUAUGUAGUAGUUAUAAAGUAACAUAAGCAUGAUUGGAAGUUGUAUCAAUGAAGCUCUCUGUCCUUUUGGCCUUUUCACAUUUUUUUAUGUGGGUCUUGGCAACUGCUUAAAAUAAUUUGACACGUUACGGCUUUACAUGUUAGACUAUUCUUACUGUUUGGUGUUGAGCUGGUUUAUCAGGGACUGUUUGUGUCCAGCAGCAUUCUGUAUUACCAGAAACAGGUGAUUGAUUCAGACAGUAUGCCAUAAAACCAAAGAGUUAAAGAGGCUGAAAUAUGUGCAUGAGGAUUCACCUUCAAUGUCAGAUUGAGGAUUUGUCUGGAUGAUUAGGACAUUACGCGUUGUGUCGGGGUUGUUAGCACAGCUGAAAACAGGAUACAUUCAAGUUUGGUGACAGGUUUGGACAAAAGGCUGUGCUUUGAAAACCAAAACAUGGGUCUGAAAAAGCUGAAGUAAGUUUAUUAAGAUAAACACUCUACUGUCUUUAAGACCCACUCCAAUGAAAAUCAUGUUUUGUUGUUGUCUACAUGUUUAUAUGGCAUUUUUCUGAUGCUGCAGGACAUAUCAUGAGAAAACUAAGAGUGAAAUUGCAUUUCUGAGUAUUUCUGCAUUCAAAUCGUUGUGAAUCUCUGGCAGACCCAAAUGUCAGGCUCAAAUUCAGUGAGAUUUGCUAGCAAAUUCAAGCUUCGCUGCCGGAGCCCCACUAUGCAGGCCAGGCCAGAAGAGAGUAGAGAGGAAGAUUGCGGACCAAGCGUGUGCGUUAGCGGACUGCAAUGCUAGUAAGAACGCUAAUGAACAAAUAACAAAAUAAAAAAAUAUAUGAUAUUAGCUUUCAUCAUGUCCCUAAAGACAUUAGUGUCCGAGAGCUGAAUAGCUCCUAUGUUACCUGCCACUACCACUACACCGGCAAUGUUGGGCUGCAAACUAGCCUGAAAAGGAGUGUGCAGAGCAGCGUUGUCUCCGCCCACGUCUCAGAGGCGAAUUGCUAAAGAGCUACUGGAGCUCUGCAGAAGAAAAGCCCUUGAAAAUGAUACAGGUAAUGUGAUUUGGGAUAAGAAGUUCAUAAUCACAAUUUAAAGACAGCUGAGAACACUUACGUAUUAAAAAAAAACGAUCGGAGUGGGACUUCAACUUUAAAUGUCUAGUCUAUGUGAACUCCUUUAGGGGAAGAUUGGGCUUCAGGCUAACUAUAGGGUAGAUUCAUACAGUAUGCUGUGAAAUAUAGUAAAAAUAUGUAGAGCCAAAGGGGCUCAAACAUAAGCUCAUGAAUAUUUAAACCUGGGAUUUUUGGUCUUCACCACUUGUUAAGAUCAAUUUUAGUUUGCUGCUUUUAGUGUUUACAUUGUUACUGUCAUUAUGUAAACACGUGUUUCUUCAUGACCCCGACUCUUAAUUGAUUAUUGCAUCAAUUCUCCAGGGGAAAUAUUUAGCUUAAUGCUAGCUGUUGUCUGUCUUUGUCAUUUGGUACUGGGAUAGAGCUAAAAGAGAGUUAAAAGCUGGACUGAAGUCAGUAAAAUUAGCUGGAAGACAUUAAGCUGGGUCUAACUUGAUCAUUUUCUGUAUAUCAACAUGAGAAAAGUUUUUCCAGUAUUGACAGAAAAUCUGAUGGGUAGGACAGUAAAUAUUCAUCAUUCCCCUCUCAUAUGCAAAAACACUUACUCUCAUAUUACACUUUCAAGUCUGCAGUGUGUUUUGCUUUCCCCCUCUCUCUUCAGAAAUUGCAGAUUUAUAGAUAUUUUCAUUUUGGCAGGUCAAACCCACCAAUGCUGGUUUCACAUUUGGUGUAUUGGCAAAGCGCUUGAGCGUGUCUCACUGCACGCUGAUCAAAUUAUGUCUGAGUCGACUGCAUCCCACAGUCUGACCGAUAUCCAGGGUGUCUGUCUAGACUACAUUCAGGUGUCCGUGUGCUGGAAUUCCAAUGCUCCAACCUCCUAGCUGUCAAACUGUGAUGGAAAUCCUUCUUUAACAUCAUUAAUUACAUACACGUUCAAAACAAACAAAAACUUGAGCUAGUUUUCAUGUGACAGCUGGAAUGCCUUUCUUUUAACAGCUUGAAAACUGUGGAGCUCGUUUUUUUAUGUGAAGAUUCAAAGCCAGGCUGAUUUUUUAACUUCUAUUCAUGUCAGGAUCUAGAGCCAGAAGCCGUGGCCUCUCUACAGUGUCCACUGGACACAGGCUUCAGCCUCUCUCAAACAACUGUCAAGUAAAGUGCAAUUAGUCACACCAAAGUCUGCAUCUGAAAAGCCUUCCACUGGCUCAUUCCAGCGUGCCAGGGUCUCCACAGCAACCAGGAAAGUUUUGUGUGUCUUCACAUCUAUGCACCAGCUCCUUCCAUGUUGAUCUGACUGCAGCUGCUGGCCCUCAUGAACUAGCUCCUUCUUUCCUCCACCACGGCCCCCACUAACUUAAACAUGACUCUCUCUGAUUGAUUGCCUGGAAUCGUGCUGCAAUUAUUGACUUACUCUGAAGUCAGUCGUCUCUUGCCAGUUUUGCACAGAGAAACUUAAAGCAAAGCACAAAUGUUGAGUUUAACGUUGUCUUACAACAUAUUCGGCCUCCUGCCAACAGGAUAUAAGCAUGAAUGAUGUGAGGGUUUUUUUUUCUUUUCUUAAACAGAGUCAGGCUGUUGAAAACCUUUCUUUAGAUUUUCUCCUUUACUUCAGCAAGACAUCAUCAUCUGGAAACACUUAUUCAGUGAUUUACGAAGGCCCCCUAUUGGAUUUCCCCUAACACAAAAGAGCAGACAGCAGGAGAAACUCACAAGAUUCAAACCAUUACAGGACAAUUGAUGGGCACAGACUGCAGUCUCAGACUUUUUCAGUGACAGAUGUUUGAAAUGUGUCUUUGACAUUGCAUAUUAAAUAAACCUGCUACAAAUCUUUUUAGCUGUAGAUAAAAACUUGACAUAAGGACUGAAAAACUUUCAUGUGCCCAAAAUGUCUGCUCAUUUUUAUUCUCUCCAUUGCCAGUGUGUUUUUACUCUUCAUCUUGAAAGUGAACUCCUGCACUGUAACUGCACCAUACUACCACUGACCCACUUUACUGUAAAAAUGCCUUAAAGAUACAAAGUCUGGCUUCAAUUACCCCACCCAGAUUUGGCAUACAACAUCACAGGCCUCUAUAAAAUUAUCAUGGCGGUUGUAGAUGUGCCUUAAUGCAUGCUGCCUUGUGUUACUUGAUAUGUUCGCUUUGAUGUCGGCUAUUGGUUUGGACUGAGUAUUUCUCAUCUGUGCAAAUUUGAGGAGCACUGAAGCCCCACCAGUGUCAGCAUUGCAGGAAGAGUGGAUUAGGUAUUCACAAAACAGUCUUUAUAAAGGCGAUGCAGGCUAACAGUCGUAUUGAACUUGCCGUACUCUCUCUUUCAGGUCAGAGGUGUCCAAACUGCAGCUCCCAAGCAGCACUAGGACAGAGCUGCCACUGAGUGUUGGCAACAGGUCGAGCCAAAGAUGUUGCUCUGACUCCCAUCAUGACCGAUGCUCUCCAACAGGAAGAGCUGUUACAACCCCAGAUAAGAGUAAGACAUGUUCUUCAUCAUCACAGCACAGAAUAUGUCAAAUAAUGUCUCUUUAUUCAACAUGAGUGCAUCGCCGAGUAGAAAUGUGGAGAAAGAUUAUCUGAGACUAAGUUUUAUUCUCAUCAACCACUAACUCCUUAGUGUCUGUUAUGCUAACCUUUGAUAUUAUGGUGGUGAUGUAUUAAUAAUGACUGUCUGUGGUGAUGUCCAGUGGAGGAACAGCUUUUCCGCUCGGUGGAGGGCCAGGCAGCCUCUGACGAGGAGGAGGACAAAUGGACCGGGGAUCAGCAGAGGCAGGUUGCUGAAGUGAAGAGGAUCCUGACCAGGCUGUCCUGCUGUGGGGAAAGGUCCUGCACAUUCAUAUCUUCACCUCAUCCUUUAACUCUGUGGUUUAACAGCGAGUUGGAGACCAACCAGGGUGCUUCUGAUGAUCCUCAGUUUGCUGUGUUGAAUAGGAUAACCCAGUUAAACAAUGGAGCACAGCAGAGUAGUAUGAAAUAAGUCAUUGUAAAUUAGAAAAAAAUAUAUAUAAUUGAACAUAAUAAAUAGCUUUGGAUGACAAAACACUUUUGAAGCUGCAUUAGUCCUGUGGUAUCAUUUUAGGCAGAAACGUCUUCUAAACUAACUGACUGAAAAACAAACAGUCCACACCUGACAUAUUCACCUUGCAUGGUGAGCGUCAUAGAAAUCUAUUACCCAGAGACGUCCAGGGACAUGAAUCUUGUUUCCUUUUUUUUUUUUUAAUCAGUCUUAAGUGUGUGAAAUUAUUAUUAUUAUUGUUAUUAUUAUUAUUAUUAUUAUUAUUAUUAUUAUUAUUAUUAUUAUUAUUAUUGUUAUUAGUAGGAGUAGUAGUAUUAGUAUUAUUAGUAGUAUUAUCAUGGGAUUCAGUAAGCCUUUACCUACAACAAGGCAUACCAAAGCAAAAUACUGAUGGGACUAUACUCUAUGUAAAUUCUACGUAAUAUUAACAUGAUAUAAGAAAUAGUGUAAGAUUAGAUAAUUACUAAUAUUUUACAUUUAAUUUUUUUCUAUAUAUUCUUUAAAGCUCCUGUCUGGAUUUUUUUUUCAGUUUAUGAAAUAGUCUGAAAUUCAAAACAAUGCCUUUUUUAUGACAUACAAAAUAGAAUAGAAGAGAAGAAGUUUAUUGUCUGACACAAAAAAGUGACAGAAAUUCAUCUUUCGACACGCCUCAGUUGCAUCAGAAGACAUACAUUCUUUAUCACACUUGUACACACAUACAAAAAAGCUACUAAAACCAUCAGUGACAGGAUUUAUGAUUUUAGUACUGCAAUUUUAAAGCCCUAAACCGAUGUGAGGGGGUAGGUGUCAUCUUUUUUUUUUUUUUUUUCUAUGAUAAAUCUUCAUCAUUAAAUAAUGCAAAAAGUAAUCACGAUGUGAUUUCUUAUCAGAUGGUACUACAGAAGCAUGUAGAGGAUAAAAUAAGAAAAGACUGUCUUGUCUAUGAAGGGCACCAACAUUGAUACAAACCAAAAGUUCCUCAUGGGAGCUUUAAGUACACUUGACAAAUAUUUAAAAAAACAUCCUUUCAUCAUGGUAGUUAAAUCUUAGUGUGUCUGUGAAUUUGAGUCGAGAUCAGUAAAAUAGUGUCAACUGUAAAAUAAUGCUAAACACUAGCAACAAAGUACACUGCAACCUUCAAUGGUCUUUAUCCCUCUGAUGAAGAGUUGAUAUCGGUUGUGCUGUAAGUUCAGCACAUUUCUUCUUCUACCUUUAACCACCGCUUUGAGCUUUUACAACAUGAUGUGUUGAGAUCAUCUUUAGUUCUGAAGAAAACAGCUAAAAUGUGGUCUCUAUGAAAGAAAAUGAAGUAACAGAUAUGGAUGCAUGUCUUUUUUUAGAGGAACUGAUCACCUGUGACAGCGAUGGAUGUUCUGAGCUUGACUGGUUUCCUGUCCUCUUGUAAAUUAUGUUGUCUAGGUGUGACGAUAAAGCGCUCAAGAAGCUGAUGUCUAAUUUUGGGAGCUCGAGAAGCGAGGAGAGCUGCAGCGCUGUGGUGGAGCUCCUGGAGAGAGUGACCCGUUUGCAUAAACAGCUGGAGCUGAAAGAGAGCAGGGCGGAGAUAGACAUGGACCAGGUAUGGACCGCCACUGACCUCCAUCACACCAGGGUGGGCUACAACAGUACCCACUCAAAGUAUUCUCACUGGACAAUGUCCUGCCCCGCUUUUCAUCAUUAGUCAUUUUGUGGCUGUUCAACAAGAUUAUAGAGGAUGGUAAUGGUUGUUAUGAAAGUGGAGGGCGCUUCAAAGAUGAAACCACAGCGAGAGGCAUGAUCCUGCAGCUUCGACUUAACCAAACCACCAGCAGCGUCACCAGAGACGCCCUGUGAGUGAAUGAGUGAGUGUUUGAGUGUGUGGGUGGGUGUGUUUGCAGCUGCUCCUCACUGGAGCUGACCACAGAAAAACUCCCCCCUUGUCCCGCAUGACAUGUAGAAAUAUCAUAAAUUGAAGCUCUCUUGUUACAGCCGAGUAGUAUUUUCACAACACAGGAAGACAGACAGAAGGGGAACAGUGAUGUAAUGUGUUCCCACAGCUCGGAGAGGAAAAGUUAAAGCUCAACACAAGUCCUGACUGUAAGGCUUUUGUUUAUGUGCAGGAUGUAUGGGGUGAGACCUUUGUCCUUCCAAACACUUUGACGUAAUGGUGCACCGCAGGGAUUUCCAACCUUUUUUUUUGGCAGACAAACCCACUCACUCUAUUCUCAGAGUUUGACGUUUAUUUACACUGGACAUAUUUAUUUUGUAUUAAGACAUUUAGCAGACCAGUCAUGUCAUAUGUUUUAUUUGGAAGGGUGACGCUCACAGGUUCAGGCUGGCAUUAUCAGGCUGGCAUUUCUUGUUGAUUUUUAAGUUUGUUUUCCACAAGUAUAAAAAUCAGAGACAAGUGAGCAAGUAAAAUGUAUGUAUUUAAAGUUGACUGCGCUAUAUGUACCUGUAUCUGUGCUCUAUCAUUGUGCAACAGCAGCUAAGAACAGAUUUCAAGUCCUGCUGUUGCACUGUAACUCAUGUUUCUUGGUUAUAAUUAUCACCACUGUAUAUUUCAUUUUUAGACAAACCCACAACCAUAAUCAGGUCAUGAAAAAGUUAAGAUACCCGCAUUAAAGGGAUAUUCCCACAUAAAUUUAAGUUAUGGUCAAACACACUGUAACACAGAGUUAGACAGAGAUGAAUGUUGCCGAAUGUUAGCUUCUCUAGUUAUACCAAUUUUUGUAACUGCACAAUAACAACACACAGCGGUCUACCUCCCCACACACUAAUCUCAACCAAAAAGCCACUCUAUAGCCACAAAUAAUGCUCAGAACAGCACCUAACUUCAUCAACAGUACAUACAGGGUCCCAGCCAUAGUAGUAGCCGCCAAACAUCUUUUUAGCUUUGCCUGGUUUCUUUAGCAAAGAGACUAAACACAACUUGUUGUGGCCGUUUGGUUGAGGUUUGCACAUGGAAAUGUAAACCGUUGUGUCUAUGCCAGAAUAUCCCUUUAAGUUAACCAUAGCAGACUUAAGAGAGUGCCUGAAAACAAAGAAGCCAUUGCACUCUAAAAGACUAAAGAUGUCCACUCCUUGGCCUGAGUUUGGUAAGGUGCUUCAUUUGGUUUGUUUGCAGCUGUAGUGUCACUUCUCGUUGCCUGUUAUGCGUCUCUGCUCUGACCACCAUCAUAGCCGCUCCAUUAUUAUUCUCCUCAUUCACAAGUUUCAAUAGUGAGACGGAAAUCAAGAAAACCAAACUCUAGGACGAGUACAUAUUCAUAAACAGAUUUCUUUCUGCAAAUCAUAGAUGAUGCUUGUAGAUCAUCAUCUGCCUGCCAAAUAAAGUGCCUCUUGUUGUUGCCGUUUCCUGUUGAAUAAACACAGGGAAGGACAAUGGUCUGUUGUAGAAAGGCUCCAAAAACAGCAGGCUACCAUUUCAAAGCUCACUGUGAGUAAUACUGUGGACUGCUUGGGGACACAUGUUUGUGUAGAUGGUAAUAAAAAAUACAACAAUGAUGUCCACAGUGUUCCUCAACACUGUAACAUGAGUCAUUUAAAGCUUUGAAACCACACUUCACCUUCAAAAUCUUAAAUAGAGUUGUUCUCUGUUUGUGAAUUGUCAUUUCUGAAUUGUUUCGUGCCGUGUCUUCCAGAUGAAGGAGUCUCUGUUGCAGGAGCUGCAGCAGAAGGCUGAGGAGACCGAGCUGCUUCAGAUGGAGCUGCAGAUGUUGGAGACCGAGAGGGUCCGUCUCUCACUGGUGGAGGAGAAACUUGUGGACAUCCUGCAGCUCCUUCAGCAGCUCAGAGACCUGGUUAGUCACAGUUUUCGAGAGGACAUAGAGCGCUUAUUCACAACAAGUGUUAUCCAGAGAGUCCUGCCUAAAAGCUGGUCCAGACCAGACUCUGUUUUCAAAGAUCUAAUGUAAAGAUGGGACCAGACUGAGCUUCAUCCUGUUAGAUUAGACCCAUCUUCAACCACACGUGUAAAACACCUCACAGCAUUUAGAGAGUUACAGUGGAGAGAAAGAACUACCUUUAACAGGCAGAAACCUCCAGCAGAACCAGACUGAUGUUAGACAGUCAUCUGCUGAGACUGAGCUUGAUUUAGAGAGAGGGAGAGACAGAGAGAAAGAGAAGAAACUAAUGACUGUAGAUGAAGCAGCUGUAAAUCAAACAGGUUCGCAAUAGCAAAACAUCUGCAGCACUGAUCCAGAUGAAGCUCUCUGAUGAUGGAGCUCAGGGACACCCAGAAAAGACUGUGUUAGUGAAACUUUUUUUUUUUUUAACUUAUUCUUUAUUUAAUUGUAAGAAAAAAUAACACACAAAAAAAACAAAAACAAAAAAUAGCAGUGUUAGAGGGAUACAUGUCUUUUGUUGUGGUAUUACAAUGUUUUUAACUUCAUUCAGAGUCUCCAGUGGCGUCCUUUGUCCAUUUGUCCCAUUAAGUGUUGAAUUACGUUUGUUGGAGUAUAUACAGUAUAUAUAUAUAUAUAUAUGAGUCUUGUGAUUGCCUGCUUGGUCACAGCCAGAAGUAUUUUGACCAGAUAAUUGUCCUCACACUGUACAUUUUCCCUUGUCAGGUUACAUAGAUAUAACACCUCAAAUGACAUUGGUAGUUUGUAUCCCAGUAUAUUCCCCAAUUCAACCCAUACAUCAUUCCAGUAUUUUUUUUUUUUACUUUAGUACAUUCCCAAAAAUAUGAGUAUAACCUGCUUUCUGCUCCCCACACUAUCUUUAGCAUGCUUGUUGUAUGGAUAAGAAUUUGUUUUUAGUUUCAGGAGUAAUUAUCUGACUUCAUUUUUCCAGCAGAAUUCUUUCCGCAUCCUGGAGCUUGUCGUGGUUCGUUGUUUAUCACAUAUGUUAUACCAGUCCUCUUCUGUUAGUGGUGUCCCACUCUCUUUUACCCAUCUGUCUUGAAUAUACAAUGUGGAGGUUCCUCUAUUCUCUACUAGUCCUUGAUAUAAUUAUGAAAUCACUUUCUCAGUAUUAUUUUUGUAUGCCUUACAUAAGGUCGUAGUCACUUUAUGUAGUUCUUGGGGAAGAUCUAGUUUGAUUUCUUUUUCAAAGAAUUCUUAAGCUAGGAGAUACCUAAACUUGUCAAAAUCCUCCAAGCCAUGUUCCCUCUUGAGAUUCUGAAAGUUUAUCAUUUUUGCCCCUGUCAAUCAUUGUACACAAUGCUGUUAUACUAAUAUUUGUCCACCAUUCAAAACUACUGUCAAUUGUCCUUGGUUUAAAUUUAGGAUGAUGGGCGACUCAAGUCAAGAUUUUGAUUUCUAUAUUAGUGACUCUAAUGGGACAUGAUGAUUCAAAAUUAAUGACAAAGACAGACAGAGGAUGGAGAAGGAGGGAAAGGUGCUGAGGGUUAGGGUUAAGUGUCAGUAUUCAGUAUGUUUCUCUCUGUAAGGCAAAAACACACUGUUUUGAUUUUUAGCACAGCUGCAAACUGAAAUAGCAGAUUGGCAACAUGUGAACGAAAACUCCUCUCUGAAACUCAAGUCAUAAAAAUUGUUUUCUGGUGUAGCAGUCAUAGAAUUCCACCCACGCUGCACUGGAGUGAUUUUCCUUUUAGGGGUCAGAGUUCAGAGUCAAUUUUAGGCACAUGUCUGUUUGUCUGAGAUACUGUAAUAGUACGGCUUUGGUUAAAGAUCUGAGAGCAAAUGAGUUUCACUUGUCGAACAUGUGUAAAUGCCUCUCUGGUCACAAAAGUCAGAUUGCCUCUGACAGCGCCUGUUCGUCGCCAUCUAAGAAUUAUCUCUCCGUUUUUACAGAACGUGUCACGGAGGUCUCUUGGGAAGAUCUUGCUCAGCACUUUGGAGUCUUGCAGUGACCCACAACAUGGUAAGAGCCCAAUGAGAUCAAGGGAAGUCCUGUGAAAUGUGAUCAGGAAAAUUUACAGCUGCCUCAGACAUGGAAUUGAAUGAAACUGUGGUUGACUCAGCAGUCAUAUCUAUUUUGUUUUUGUUUGUUUUUUUCCCAGGGAAAGCCCAUAUUCUGGAGGUGCUCAACGCGCUCUAUCAUGAACUGGCUGCCUGUGAGAUUCUGUCUUCAGGUGGCCCUUUAGAGCGAACACAGAGUCAGCAGUCUCUGAAUGCCCUCAUCAUCUCCUGCUGAUCAAGACUGCCCCCUGCUGGUCCACUUCUGUUCCAGCAUUCUUAUAAAACAGGACAAUGAAAGCCUGACAGGUCACAGAAGACGCUGCUUACUGUGUUACUGUGUUACUCAUAUUUCUCUUAUCUACUAUUCAGACUCUAUUAUCUACAGUAUAAAGGGAUAUUAGUCUAGAAUGUUAAUUAGAGCAGCAAAGGGCUUUAAACAUAUUAAAAAAUCUGCCUUAUAUGUGUUUUCAAGACUUUGUACUGUACAUAACUCUGUCAUAUAUCAAUAUGUUUGUUUUUCCCACUAGAGUCUAAAUGUGAAAAUGCUGAAUUAAGCUAGCCCUUCAAUAUCUGUGAAAUGUGUCAGGUCAAAACAUCCCAGAUAAAGCUGUAUACAAUUCUGUCAAUAUCAUCAUGAAGAGAUGGCAGCACAUUAGAAAACCACACCUGUCAUGAUGGUGCACUUCGCGUUUUUGAAAUGUGAUGACCCAGAUUUCUUCCUUUUCUUUGCACUCGGUGACCCACCACGUACCUCUGUUGUUUUAGGUGUGUUCAUUAGGAUUAACCAGGGGCUUAUGUUAGCUGUUUGCAUCCUGAGAACAGGUACGUUUAAAUGGCAUGGUCAAAUGAAAACUUUGACCAGCUUGCAUUGUUACUGUCUCUGAUAGACAGUCUAAGCUAAAGGUCUACAUGAAAUAAUGAGCUCCAGUGUCAAAGGCUCUGCGUUAUAAGAAGGUGUGAGUGUCUUCAAAAGGCAGAUCUCUGUUUCUAGAAUAGGACUUUGUUUUUUGUUUUUUUUAUCAAAAAGGGGAUAAGGGUGUUUAAUGCAAAACCACUCAGCUGGUUUAUUUGUAUCAUGCCAUUAAAGCCUUGAUGUACAAAGUUGAAA